AUAUCCACACUGUCCGGCUGCGGGUCUCCGGAGCAGUUCGAGCGGCUGCCGGAGUUGCCGGCGGCGGAGGAGCGGCGCCUGCGCCGCGCCGCCCAGGUGCUGCAGCAGCGGCUUGUGCUGCGCCAGUGGCUGGCCACGCACCGCCUCCAGCAUGCAUAUACCAAAUUGCUGAGCCUAGACGUGUCUUCCCUUGAAGACGUAUACUGGCUAGAAGACAGCACUGCACGGCAUGUGUUGGACCCCAAGGACUUCGGCGCGUGGUCAGCGGCGCGCCAGAGCCUGCCCACCGGCAAAGACCAGCUGCAGACCCUCAAAUCUGAUCUUUGGAGCGCAGUCGUUAAGAAUAGUAAACAUCAGGAUGCAUGGACUUGGGGCGGCAUGCUGGUCGUAUCUGUGUCGGUGUGUGGACUGGUCACGCUGGCCGCCAUGACGCAGCCUUCACUGGCGCCUGAGGCCAAGCAUUCCCUGCUGCAGUACGUCACUGGGAAGUACUUGCAUCCGCCCAGUUGCAAGGUGGAGUGGGGCUGGGAGGAGCCUCAUCCUGUCGGAGAUACGAUGUGUUUCACAGUCCAGUGCUACCAGCGCAACGGACAACCCUACCCAGUGUGUGAUACCGAUGAGCUGGCGGUCACCAUUUCACUCGGGACCAGAAAGAUGACAGCAGUCAUCGAGUUGGGGUCCGGCGACCCCGCUCAAGCGCACACAGCGCGCGUCAAAUUCACCGUCCGGACCGCCGGGGUUUACAUCAUCGCUGUCACCAUCGGCGGAGUAAACAUUAGCGGUAGCCCCUUCCGGCGCUGGUUCACGGCGGGGCGUGUCGAAGCCCGGAGGUCACGCGUGGCGCGCGCCGGCGCCGCGCUCGUGUGGUGCGCCGGCCACGCGCGCGCGCUGCACGUGCACCCGCGCGACCAGUUCGACAACCCCACUCACCCGCAGCCGGCGGAAGGUUUCUCCAUUCGCAUCAGUCCGCUGGGUGGUGCGGUGGACGAGCAGCUCUCCUCAUCGGCUGCCUUCCAGUACGAUGCAGUCAACCAGCGCGUCUCCAUGACUCUGUGCUUCCCGCAGGCGGGACUGUACAGAGCUGGCAUCUAUUAUGAAUCAGUUUUGCUGCAUAACGGGGAAUUCGACUGCAUCGUCCUAACUGCAUCAGACACCGCAACACUUCAACGCAACAUGUCAUCUAAACGUCACAUGUGGUGCUACGCAUGUCGCGCGCCACCACCAGCCAAGCCACGUAGAGUACUGUGCUGCCUCAGCCGUAAGCAGCUCGUCGUGAAGGACUACAUACUCGGCUUCAUCCCGCGCCGCUCCACGGCCUUCCGGCUGUGCCCAUCCACCAAGUUAAUACUCAAACCAAGUGAAGACAGUGCGGACGAAGGCGCGUUCGCGAUAGACGAUGGAGUUCAACCGCGAGUUGAACUAGUGUCAGCCCAACGCGACCUCAUCGCUGCCACCUUCGCGCAGCUGCUCGUUGCCAACUGCGGCGGCGAGGACACCUUUAAGAACAAGCAAGAUUUCUUCUACAGCGAAGUCCGCAAAGCGCAUUCGCGGCAUCCGCACGAUAAGCUGGCCAUCCGAGUGCUGAGAGCAGAUCUUGUCGCCACCAGCCUUAAAGCCACCCGACACUUCACCGUCGCAGACUGGUGCAAAAACUUCGACGUCACCUUCCAAGGGGAACAAGGCGUGGACUGGGGUGGAGUGAGGCGGGAGUGGUUCUCUCUACUGUGCGGCACACUGUUCGACGCGCGGUUCGGUCUGUUCGCGCCCUUCCACGACUCACCCACCGGCCUAGUGCACCCGAAUCCAGAGCGACCUAAGCACCUCAAGCUAAAGCACUUCGAGCUGGCGGGCAAGCUGGUGGGCAAGUGUCUGUACGAGAGCGCGCUCGGCGGCAGCUACCGGCAACUAGUCCGCGCGCGUCUUUCGCGCUCCUUCCUUGCGCAGAUUAUCGGCCUGCGUGUGCACUAUAAGUAUUUCGAGCAAGACGACCCCGAACUGUACCUGUCCAAAAUCAAGUAUCUAUUGGAGACAGACCUGGACUCAGCCGAGUCUGUGCCUGAGAUAUACUUUUCAGAAGACGUGUACGACUCGUCCGGGCACUUGGUGGAGACGCACGACUUGAUACCCAACGGAUCGACGAUACGGGUGACGAACAACACGAAAAUGAAAUACUUGGACGCGCUAGCGCAGUGGCGGCUGGCGACGCGCUGCAGACUCGAAACCGACGCGUUUCUGCGCGGCCUCACGCUACUUGUGCCAGACAACCUGCUCGCCAUAUUCGACGAGAAUGAACUAGAGCUGCUGGUGUGCGGCACGGGCGAGGUGUCGGUGGCGGACUGGCGCGCGCACGCGCUGGUGGCGGGCUCGGGGCGCGGCUGGGAGCGGCUGCUGGGCUGGUUCUGGGCCGCCGUCGCCAACUUCAGCGCCGAGGAGCGCGCGCGCCUGCUGCAGUUCACCACGGGCUGCUCGCAGCUGCCUCCUGCCGGCACGCAGGAGCUGAACCCCCGCUUCCAGAUAACGGCAGCACCGACGUUACCCACGGCGCACACGUGCUUCAACCAGCUCUGUCUGCCCGACUACGACUCGUACGAACAGCUGGUGCACGCGCUGCUGUGGGCCAUCAACGAGGGAGGAGAGGGCUUCGGCAUGAUCUGAGCGAGCCAGGUACGAUACAGUAGGGAUGUAACAACCAGCUGUGUCUGCCGGACUACGACUCGUACCAGCAGCUGGUGCACGCGCUGCUGUGGGCCAUCAACGAGGGUGGCGAGGGCUUCGGCAUAAUCGGAGCGAGCCAGGUACAAUAGUAGAACGAUAUACGAACAAUACACUGGGAAAAGGAUAUAAAGUGAACCCAUGUCUUCCGAGGCAAUUUUUCGGUCCGAUAGUAAGCGAGGACCACUACCGAGUCGAAGAUAACACAGUUUAAUACAAUUGUAAGGAAAAUAUACAAAAAUAUCCAAUAUUUUGUUGUUUAAUGGUGCUGAUUUUAGACUUUAA